CUCAUACGAAAUACCAACUACUGAAAGAUGUCCGACUCAAUGAUCCAUGCCGUCGCCGGCGCCGCAGGAGGAGUGGUAGCCAUGUCACUAACCUAUCCUCUUAUAUUCUUCUCAACCCGCGCUGCUGUAGAGACCAAGAACUCGCAUAGGACGACACUCGAGGUCUUGAAGAAAGUACUGCGGGAAGAGGGCGUCACGGGUAUCUAUUCGGGCCUUACGAGUUCACUGCUGGGAAUCGCCGUCGCUAAUGGGAUAUACUACUACUAUUACGAGCUUACGAAGAGCGCUAUCACCAAAGGCAGGGGGAGCAAGGCUCUCUCCACCUUGGAGUCAAUGCUUACGGGAUUGGUUGCCGGCGCGUCAACAACGAUAAUCUCCAACCCGAUAUGGGUGAUCCAGACGACCCAAGCAGUGCGUACGGCCUCCGCCCCUUCGGGCGCAGCGACAGAAGGCUCGGAGGGGAAGAAGCAGGAGAAGAAGAAGACGGCGGGGAUGAUCCAGACCGCGAUGGAGAUAGCGAACAAGGACGGCUUGCAGGCGUUUUGGAGAGGUGUAGGGCCUGCCUUGGUGCUCGUUAUCAACCCUAUCUUGCAGUACACCGCCUUUGAGCAGCUGAAGAAUCUCAUCGUGGCGAGGAGGCAGGUUAUUCUUCGUGCACGGGGGAGCGCACAGGCCGCAGGGUUGACAGACUGGGACUUCUUCUGGCUCGGGGCGGUUUCCAAGCUCUUCGCUACUUCGGCUACUUAUCCUUAUAUCGUGCUCAAAUCCCGCCAACAAUCCGGCACCCAGGCGUCAACCCAGAAAUCCUCACUCCACGCCCUUCUCAAGAUCUUGCAAGACGAAGGUGUCCGGGGAUUGUACAGGGGGAUGGGGAGCAAGCUCCUCCAGAGCGUGCUUACAGCUGCGAUACUGUUCGUUGGCCAGAGGAGGAUAUAUGUGCUCACUAAGGAGGCUCUCGCGGGGAUCACUGCAUCGAAAAGCAAAUAGAUCGCUCCUGAACAAUCGCACACCUCAUUUGUUUGUUAGAUCAAAUAAUCUACCUCUCCGCAUCUCUGUACCCUAAUCUCCCAAAGGAAUUCAAGAACG